UGUUGGCUGUAACAUUUAAAAAACAAAGGUGGAUACGAGUUAUGUCAGGUAACAUGUAAUUAAUUGCUCAUGUUCUGAUAUUUUCUUAAUAUUUAUAACAUAUACUUGAGCUAUUUAAGUGGUUUGUGGCGACUACAUCAUAAUAGUUAACUACAAACGUUAAGGUAACGUACUCUGUGUAAAGUUCCCAGUGUUAGCUAUAGGUUAGCUUCUCUCAGCUUCUACGUUACACAUCAAGAAGAAAGUAAACUACUGAGAAAAACGUCGACUUCUCCUGGUUGAAUAUCUCUAGCUGUCACUGAACUUACGGCCGCAGUGUAUCCUAAAAAAGAAAAAAAAAAUGUCAGUGCCCUUUUCCAACACCCACCUACGGGUCCCGCGAGGUUUUGGUGCCAUCCUGGAGGGUCUGACCAGAGAGAUCCUCCGAGACCAGCCUGAAGACAUCCCUACAUAUGCUGCACAUUACUUCGAUGCUCUUCUCAAACAAAGAGAAGAUAGUGGCACAGACCCUGCAGAGUGGGCUGCUAAACUGCAGGAUAGAUUCUACAACAACCAUGCAUUCAAGGCUACUGAGGCUAGUCCUGAAAGAAUAACUGCAUCGGAGGCGACCCUUCCCAAGUGAGUUUCAACUUAUGUGCUAUCAGCAAACCAGGAGGAUCAGCAGGAGAGGGAGAGGAUGGACACGAGGGAAAGAUUAAUAACAAGGGACAAGCGAGGAAGAAAUGAGAAUAAAAUAUUAUAUUUUUCACGCUUAUUA